AGAGAGUUAAAGAGCUGGAGCAACAGAGGCUGCGCACCUUCUCCGAGCCUGGUCUGAAGAGGAGGAAAAUCUGAACGUCUCUUUUACCUACCAUAGACAAUGUGAGGAAAGAGGAAACAACAAUGCCUUCAAGCAUGAAUCUGGUGUCUACACGUGUGCCUCGGCACAGCCUGUACAGCCUUUCAGACAGCUCGGACAGUGAUCCAGAUAACGAGGAAGAACAGGAUUCACCCAGGCGCCUCACACCUCUGGAGAAGCUAACGCUGGAUAUGUGUCAUGAUGAAAAAACCAUCAAAGAGCUGAAUGUAGGAAGAAGAGUAGGAUUCUAUAAAGUCUGUGGUGAGAUUGGGUGUGGAAACUUCUCCAAAGUCAAACUGGCCUUCCAUGCCCUUACCAAAGACAAAGUGGCUGUUAAAGUCGUGGAUAAAAUGCGACUGGACCUUUCGACCCAGAGGAUGCUUUCUAGAGAGAUCUCCAUAAUGGAGAGUUUGCAUCAUCCAAACAUUCUUUGGCUCUACGAGGUGUUGGAGGCACCAAGUCGAUUGUACCUGGUGCUGGAGUAUGCCGGAGGAGGAGACCUGCAUGCCAGGAUCAGCAGUGAGGGAAAACUCUCUGAUCUAGAAAGCAAACUUGUGUUUGCCCAAAUCAUGUCUGCAGUAAAGUACAUGCAUGACAGCAACAUCAUCCACCGGGAUCUAAAGGCAGAAAACAUCUUGUUCACCAGCUACUCAUGUGUAAAGGUAGCUGACUUUGGCUUCAGCACAAAGAUCAGCAGCCGCAGCCAGAUGUUGGACACCUUCUGUGGCUCCCCUCCGUACGCAGCACCAGAGCUCUUCAAAGACGAGGCCUACAUGGGGCCACCUGUAGACGUGUGGGCUAUGGGGGUCCUUCUGUUCUUUAUGGUGACUGGCAGCAUGCCGUUCCGUGCAGACACUGUUCCUAAGCUUCGCCGCUGUGUAUUACAGGGAGUUUACGUUAUUCCCACUUGGGUGUCUGCUCCAUGUCAGCGCCUGAUCCGGGGGAUCCUCAAGCCAGAGCCUACAGAGCGCUGUGCGCUGGAUCAGAUGCUGGGCUGCGAGUGGCUGCUCCCGGUGGAGACUCUGCGUUCCAAUCCUCACUUCUACCAGCUUAACCCUGUCCAGUUGCUGAAGGUGAGGUCAGGAUGGGCAGAGCAGGAAGAGGUGCAUGCUGCCCUACAGAAACUUGGAGUCACAAAGGAACACAUUCUCAACAACCAGGGCAAGAACAGUCGAAGCCCAAUAACAGGUAUCUAUCGCAUUGUACUCCAUCGGAUCCAAAGGAACAAGGGAGCUGAGUGUCUGCCUUCAAUCACAGGUGUAGUCAGAGAUCCAAAGCGGGACAGUCUUCGAGCCUACAGGAAUUUACGACACACCUCGAAACUGUGCGUCCUCUCUUAAUCAGCUUAACUCAGAACGGAAAUGGGUUUUUCUUGUUCUAGUUCACAAGGUUAAUAGUCUUUCACAGGAAGCUCUACUGACAUCACUGAUCUAAAACACCAACAACCCUGCACCUAAACCUGAAAUCUGUAACACAAUAAUGUCAUCUCAGUGUUUCCUAGAUGCUUUGUGCACUAUUUCUGUAUAGAACACAAUGGGUGUAAACAUACACACUCUGAUCAGUUUAUCAUGUCCUUCUACAAUAUAGAUCUCUUUGUAGGUGUUAAAUUACUGACAGUAGCCCGUCUUUUAUUAGUUUUAAUAAGUUUUGGCUCCACCCUCACGUCAGAAACUCUCUAAACAGGUCAAUCCUUUAAAUUUAGUUUGAGAAGCACAUGCAGUCUGACAAGUAAUUAUCUUCAAAGAUCAUUGCUUGUAUGAUUACAAUAAUAUCAUGGCUGAAUUCUGUAUCAGACUGCAAUAACAUGCUCUCCAUGUCAGAUUAUACAUUGGAGACUAUAGAGCUGCAAAAAAAAAAAACACAUUACUAAGAUCUGUUUACAACAUCAGUUAGCAUGAUCUGAGGGCAUGCAGAAAACAGUACACACAGACGCAAACUUCAGGUAAUAAGAUCAUUUUUUUGUCCAUUUGCAAGUUUCGUGUCUGUUUUACCAUCACACUACUGUGUUUGUAGCUGUCCUGCCAUUCUGUCACCUUCCUAUUAGUGGCUUUAAGCUAAGGAUCACACAAUGUGAUUUUAAUUUUUUUUUUAAAUCACACAGCUAGAAUAUUAGAAAGAACAGAAAUUUGCCAUCCUUUAUCCUUAGUUGCAGUGGGACUAAACUAGUCGAUACUGACUGUCACAUUAUUAGAAGAAUGCAAAUGUCAGCUCAUGACCAAAGAAUUAUUUUAUGAUGUGCUAUGGGUUUUUUUUUGUCUGUAACAGCUAAAUUGUGCCGAAUGUUUCAUUUCUGAAUGAUCCACUCAACCAGCACUAUACACACUAUCAAGUUAUUGCUGCUGCUGUACUGAGAAUAAACCACUAUCUGAAUAAUAUCUGCUCAGAUCCACUGAUAGACAGAGGAGAGAGGAGCUGAGUGCAACAGAUGGGACUGACUGUGUAACAGCAGUGUAUGUCUCUAUGGUAGGUGCAGGUGACAAAGAGACAGAGAUUGUAGUAGACCCUAGGUUUAUAUUGUAUAAAGGCUGCACAAAAUAACAGAUUUAACAGUUUCUAUAAAGUCUUACAGCAUCUGAAAUAUGAUCUGUUAG